CUCCCUCCUCGGGCCGCAGCCCUCGGGGAAGUUUGUGGAUCCGCAGGAAACUUCUGCCGCUGGACGGCCCGGCGCUGCUGACGCGGCGCCCCGCACGGCCACCUCCCGGGGCCUCAGAGCCGCUGGCCCAGCCCCGCGCGUCGCCCCGUCGCGGCCCCGAGCUGCCCAGGCGCCUUCGCUCAUGGCGGUGGCCGCGCUGUACACGCAGUACAACAGGGUUUGGAUUCCGGAUCCUGAAGACGUUUGGAAAUCUGCUGAAAUAGCAAAGGACUACAGAGUUGGUGACAAAGUCCUGCGACUCCUGCUGGAGGAUGGAACGGAGCUGGAUUAUUCCGUUGAUCCGGAAUCUCUGCCUCCGCUCCGGAACCCCGACAUCCUGGUGGGUGAGAAUGACCUGACGGCCCUCAGCUACCUCCACGAGCCCGCGGUGCUCCACAACCUCAGGAUCCGCUUCGCGGAAUCCAAACUCAUUUACACCUACAGCGGAAUCAUCUUGGUGGCCAUGAAUCCUUACAAGCAGUUGCCCAUCUACGGAGAUGCCAUCAUCCAUGCCUACAGUGGGCAGAACAUGGGCGACAUGGACCCGCACAUCUUUGCGGUGGCAGAAGAGGCGUACAAGCAGAUGGCCCGAAACAAUAAAAAUCAGUCAAUAAUUGUGAGCGGGGAGUCGGGUGCUGGGAAGACGGUGUCUGCUCGCUAUGCCAUGAGGUACUUUGCCACCGUCAGCAAGUCGAACAGUAACGCCCACGUGGAGGACAAGGUGCUGGCAUCUAACCCCAUCACCGAGGCUGUUGGAAAUGCCAAGACCACCCGCAAUGACAACAGCAGUCGGUUUGGGAAAUACACAGAAAUCAGUUUUGAUGAGAGAAAUCAAAUUAUAGGAGCCAACAUGAGAACUUACCUGCUGGAGAAAUCCAGAGUUGUCUUUCAAUCAGAAAAUGAACGAAAUUACCACAUUUUCUAUCAGCUUUGUGCAUCUGCACAGCAGUCGGAAUUUAAACAUCUUAAAUUGGGGAGUGCGGAAGAAUUCAAUUACACGAGGAUGGGCGGCAACACCAUCAUUGAGGGGGUGAGUGACAGUGCUGGCAUGGAGGAGACGCGGAAGACCUUCACACUGCUGGGUUUCCAGGAGGAUUUUCAGAUGGAUGUGUUUAAGAUCCUGGCAGCCAUCCUGCACCUGGGCAACGUGCAGAUCACAGCAGUGGGCAACGAGAGGUCCGCAGUCAGUGCGGAUGACAGUCACCUGCAGGUGUUCUGCGAGCUCCUGGGCCUGGAGCGUGGCAGCGUCGCUCAGUGGCUGUGCAAUCGCAAAAUCAUCACGACCUCGGAGACGGUGGUGAAGCCCAUGACCCGGCCCCAGGCCGCCAACGCCAGGGACGCGCUGGCCAAGAAGGUCUAUGCUCACCUGUUUGACUUCAUUGUGGAGAGAAUUAACCAAGCGUUGCAGUUUUCAGGCAAGCAGCACACUUUUAUUGGUGUUUUGGACAUUUAUGGCUUUGAAACCUUUGAUGUGAACAGCUUCGAACAGUUUUGCAUCAAUUACGCUAAUGAAAAACUGCAACAGCAGUUUAACCUGCAUGUCUUCAAACUUGAACAAGAAGAAUAUAUGAAGGAAGAUAUCCCUUGGACUCUGAUCGAUUUUUAUGACAAUCAAUCAGUUAUUGACCUGAUUGAAGCAAAAAUGGGCAUUUUGGAGUUGCUGGAUGAAGAAUGCUUGUUGCCACAUGGAACUGAUGAAAACUGGCUUCAAAAGCUGUAUAAUAAUUUCGUCAACAAGAACUCUUUGUUUGAAAAGCCCAGAAUGUCAAAUGCAUCCUUUAUCAUCCAGCACUUUGCUGAUAAGGUCGAGUAUAAAUGCGAAGGUUUCCUUGAAAAGAACAGAGACACCGUCUAUGACAUGCUGGUUGAAACCCUGAGAGCGAGCAAGUUUUACCUCUGCGCCAAGUUUUUCCAAGAAAGUCCAGUUCCCCCUUCCCCUUUUGGUUCAGCGAUCACGAUGAAAUCUGCCAAGCAAGUCAUCAAGCCCAACAAUAAGCAGUUCCGGACCACCGUGGGGAGCAAGUUCCGCAGCUCUCUGUCCUUGCUCAUGGAGACCCUCAACGCGACCACGCCCCACUACGUUCGCUGCAUCAAGCCAAACGAUGAGAAAUUGCCCUUUGAGUUUGACUCCAAGAGAAUUGUCCAGCAGCUGCGAGCCUGCGGCGUCCUGGAAACUAUUCGCAUCAGUGCGCAGAGCUACCCAUCCCGGUGGACGUACAUCGAGUUCUACAGUCGCUAUGGUAUCCUCAUGACCAAGCAAGAGCUUUCGUUCGGUGAUAAGAAGGAGGUCUGCAAGGUGGUUUUACACAGGCUCAUCCAGGAUUCCAAUCAGUACCAGUUUGGUAAAACCAAAAUUUUCUUCAGAGCAGGCCAAGUGGCUUAUUUAGAGAAGCUCCGAUUGGAUAAACUGAGGCAGGGUUGUGUUGUGAUACAAAAGCACAUCCGUGGCUGGCUCCAGAGGAAAAAAUUCCUCCGCGAGAGACAAGCCGCCCUGACCAUCCAGCAGUACUUCCGGGGGCAGCACACCGUCAGGAAAGCUGUGACCGCGGCGGCCUUGAAGGAGGCCUGGGCAGCCAUCAUCAUCCAGAAGCACUGCCGUGGGUACCUUGUCCGCAGUCUGUACCAGCUGAUCCGCGUGGCCACCGUCACCAUCCAGGCCUACACCCGGGGAUGCCUGGCCCGGAGGAGGUAUCGCAAGAUGCUGGAGGAACACAAGGCUGUGAUCCUUCAGAAAUAUGCUCGGGCGUGGCUGGCCCGGCGCAGGUUCCAGAGCAUCCGACGGUUCGUGCUCAACAUUCAGCUCACGUACAGGGUCCAGCGCCUGCAGAAAAAGCUAGAAGAUCAGAACAGAGAGAACCACGGGCUGGUGGAGAAGCUGACCAGCCUGGCUGCCGCUCGGGCCGGUGAUGUGGAGAAGGUUCAGAAACUGGAAUCGGAACUGGACAGGGCAGCUGCCCACAGGCGCAAUUAUGAGGAGAGGGGGCAGAGAUACAAGGCCACCGUGGAAGAGAAAUUGGCAAAGCUUCAGAAGCAUAAUUCGGAGCUGGAAGUACAAAAAGAGCAGAUACAGCGGAAGCUUCAGGAGCAGACCGAAGAGCUGAAAGGGAAAAUGGAUGACCUCACCAAGCAGCUCUUUGAGGACGUGCAAAAAGAAGAACGACAAAGAAUACUUCUUGAAAAAAGUUUUGAACUGAAAACACAGGACUAUGAGAAGCAGAUGUGCUCUUUGAAAGAAGAAAUCAAAGCUCUCAAGGAUGAGAAAAUGCAGCUGCAGCGCCAGCUGGAGGAGGAGCGGGCCACCUCGGGUGGCCUGCAGGGGGAGGUGGCCCGGCUGAGCCAGCAGGCCAAGACAAUCUCUGAGUUUGAAAAGGAGAUAGAGCUACUUCAGACACAGAAGAUAGACGUGGAAAAACACGUGCAGUCACAAAAGCGGGAAAUGAGAGAAAAGAUGUCAGAGAUCACCAAGCAACUUCUCGAAAGCUAUGACAUUGCAGACGUGAGAAGCAGGCUGUCUGUGGAAGAUUUGGAACAUUUAAAUGAGGAUGGAGAACUUUGGUUUGCUUAUGAAGGACUAAAGAAAGCAACCCGCGUCUUGGAGAGCCACUUCCAGUCCCAGAAGGAUUGCUAUGAAAAGGAGAUAGAAGCUUUAAACUUCAAAGUGGUGCAUCUAAGUCAAGAAAUAAACCACCUGCAGAAGUUAUUUAGAGAAGAGAAUGACAUCAAUGAAAGUAUUCGUCAUGAAGUUACCAGGCUGACGUCAGAAAACAUGAUGAUCCCAGACUUUAAACAGCAAAUCUCAGAACUGGAGAAACAGAAGCAAGACCUUGAAAUUCGCCUGAAUGAACAGACUGAAAACUUGAGAGGAAAAUUAGAAGAAUUUUCUAAUGAGUUGAAUCACACUCGAGAAGAAGAGGGAAUACACCCCAAAGAGAAGGAGAAGCUGAUGGAUGACAUUCAUGCAAUGCCAGAGGUCAGCGAGGGCUUGAAGAAACAGGUUGAAACUGAACCCAAAGUGGAGAGUAGCCUCCGGCAGGGAGCGUCUCGUCUCACUAUGGAGAACAGGGAUCUCGAAGAAGAGCUAGACAUGAAGGACAGAGUGAUUAAAAAGCUACAAGACCAAGUCAAGAGUCUAACUAAGACAAUUGGAAAAGCCAAUGAUGUGCACUUGUCCUCGGGACCCAAGGAGUACCUGGGAAUGCUGGAGUACAAGAGGGAAGACGAGGCCAAGCUCAUUCAAAACCUCAUUCUUGACCUGAAGCCCCGCGGCGUGGUGGUGAACAUGAUCCCUGGGCUGCCGGCUCACAUCCUGUUCAUGUGUGUACGCUACGCAGACUCUCUCAAUGACGCCAGCAUGCUCAAGUCCCUCAUGAACAGCAUCAUUAAUGGCAUCAAGCAAGUGGUUAAGGAGCAUUUAGAAGACUUUGAGAUGCUGUCCUUUUGGCUUUCCAAUACUUGUCAUUUCCUCAAUUGCCUGAAGCAGUACAGUGGAGAAGAGGAAUUCAUGAAGCAUAACAGUCCACAUCAGAACAAGAACUGCUUGAACAAUUUUGACCUGUCAGAAUACAGACAGAUUCUUAGUGAUGUGGCUAUACGAAUAUAUCAUCAGUUCAUUAUCGUCAUGGAAAAUAACAUUCAACCAAUAAUAGUGCCGGGCAUGCUGGAGUACGAGAGUCUGCAGGGCAUUUCCGGCCUGAAGCCCACGGGCUUCCGCAAGCGGUCGUCCAGCAUCGACGACACGGACGCCUACACGAUGACCUCCGUCCUGCAGCAGCUGAGCUACUUCUACAGCACCAUGUGCCAGAACGGCCUGGACCCCGAGCUCGUGAGGCAGGCAGUGAAGCAGCUCUUCUUCCUCAUCGGGGCCGUCACGCUCAACAGCCUCUUCCUGCGCAAGGACAUGUGCUCCUGCCGGAAAGGGAUGCAGAUCAGGUGCAACAUCAGCUACUUAGAAGAAUGGCUUAAAGAUAAGAAUUUGCAGAACAGCUUGGCCAAGGAAACUUUGGAACCUCUCUCUCAGGCAGCCUGGUUGCUUCAGGUCAAGAAGAUCACAGAUAGCGAUGCCAAGGAGAUCUUCGAACGCUGUACCUCACUGUCUGCUGUGCAGAUCAUAAAGAUCCUUAAUUUAUACACGCCUAUAGAUGACUUCGAGAAAAGAGUGACUCCAUCCUUCGUUCGCAAAGUACAGGCUCUCCUGAACAGCCGAGAGGACUCCUCGCAGCUGAUGUUGGAUGCCAGCUAUCUCUUCCAAGUCGUCUUUCCUUUUACGCCCUCUCCCCAUGCUCUGGAAAUGAUCGAGAUCCCCAGCAGUUUCAAGCUAGGCUUUCUCAAUAGAUUGUAGCAGGGGAAGUGAGCAAACACACUUUUCCCUCAACAGCUAAACGAAGGUCAAACAUGAGGGAUGUGGCAUAUUACUGGGAACUGGAAAUGCUAGAAUGUGAUUUAAGGAAGAAAAUGAGAACUCUCCCAAAAGGGCCACAUCUCUCGCUCACAGUGACACUGUUGCCACUGUCAUUUUACAAAAAUUAACACACACCAGCUGUGGCCUUGUCUAGCUCUGCAAGCCCAGCUGGCUUUUACUAGAAUUCCUGGAAGCUCCCAUUUUCUCCCAGGUGUCUCUUGGUCUCAAUCAAUCUUGUGACAGGGCUCCACCCACAGGGGCAUAAGAUCGGGGACACGUUCCUGUGAAGCCUGGGUACAUUUAUGAAGCCACAGUGGGGUCCGGGGCUGAGUCUUCCAAAAGUCCCCUCACCCCAUGCCUGUUUUCGGGGGAGGCGGGGAGUGGGGGUGGGGUUCCACUGACUCUUUCUAAAAAUUCUCCUGCAUAAAAAAGUAUUUAUUAUUUCAGACCCUUCUAAUUUUUAAGAGAAUAUUCCAUCUGAAUGAAUUAUAUGAAGUAUUUUAUGUAUUUAUCUAAUUAAAACCAACAUAUUAUUAAAGCUUAAUUGCCACACCAGUUUUCAUCUCCUCCUCCAAAAGAACAUUUCUUAAAUUUCAUCUGCCAACACAUUUGCCAUCAUUUUUUAUUGUUUAGUAUCUUUCACGUAUAUUUUUGUGUGAAUAUAUUUUUAAAUAUAUUUUUUAUUGAUUUCAGAGAGGAAGGAAGAGGGAGAGCGAGAGAGGAACAUCAAUGAUGACAGAGAAUCAUGAAUCGGCUGCCUCCUGCACACCCCACACUGGGGAUCGAGCCCGUAAACUGGGCAUGUGCCCUAACCCGGGAUCAAACUGUGACCUCCUGUUCAUAGGUUGAUGCUUAACCACUGAGCCACCAGGCAGGCUCAUACAAUAACUUUUAAAAACUAAGUUUAAAAAGGUAACAUAGACCUAACCGGUUUGGCUCAGUGGAUAGAGCGUUGGCCUGCGGACUGAAGGGUCCCAGGUUCGAUUCCGGUCAAGGGCAUGUACCUUGGUUGCAGGCACAUCCCCAGUGGGGGGUGUGCAGGAGGCAAUUGAUGGAUGUUUCUCAUCAAUGUUUCUAACUCUCUAUCGCUCUCCCUUCCUCUCUGUAAAAAAAAUCAAUAAAAUAUAUUUAAUAAUAAAAAGGUAACCUAAAUUAUUUUCUCUAUCUUAUCAGCAUUGAAAUAUGUUUUAAAUUUUCUCAUAAAAAUAACUGAAGAAUUAUAUUAGGUCCCUCCUUUUGAGAAGUCUGUGUUUCCCAAGUUUUAUGGGAGCUGACUAUUCCUUGUCCCCCGAGAUGUCCUCAUUCCUUCCUUUCAGAUCAUAAUAUGUCAUUUGAUAAGCCCGCCUAGCCUGUGGCCUGUGGACCCACUGCCCUUUGCAACACCCCAAGACUCCCAACCGGCCCUUCUGUUUCUGACAGUCACAGGCAAGAGGAAUGAUUCUGUAACACAGACAUGUAUCUUAAAAGUGGAAAUCAUACAUGAUUAUGAAUCAACAUCACCCUACUAACAUGGAAUAAUGUCCUUUCUUAUGAUAAGUAAUUAAAUGUAGUUCAUUUGGACACAUUGUAUAUGAAGAAAUGAAAAGUAGAACUUUGUAAUAUUUUAAUCAAUGAAAUAAAUUCCCAUAUGUAUUGGGUCAGGUUCUUUUAAUUGCUAAGAGAUUAUAUUUUUCUUAAG